GCGGGCUUCGUGGAACAGCUCUGUCCUUAUGCUUGUUUUAAUGUAAACUCGUUGGCCAAUGCAAGGUUACUUUAAAGUGAUAAACCAUAAUAUUUAAAUGCAUAGAAUAAUAAACCAUAGUAUUUAAAUUGGAAUAAGGGAUAUUCUAUCGAAAUUUUCACUGAAUGAUUUUGUUAAGUAGGACACAACCUUUUACACGAUAAUAAUAGACCUAACGGUGAUUAAAACAUAAACCAUACACGGUUAAAAAAGUGAAGUCAGGUUAUAGCUAGUCCCGUUUAAGGUAGCCCGCAUUUAACUUCUGGUUUUGCACAAGUUGGAUAUUUACGCCCCUAUUUGGCAUUCCGCGUGUGUUAUUAUAGCGCUCGCACAUGGGCUGCGAAGCCGUCCGCUGGCUUUUACGGAAGUAGCGUGUGUUUAGCUGUGCAUGGCUAGGGAGGGGUGUGUGUGUCCCUUGUUUUUCUCAGCCUGUUGGAAAGUGGUUAUCCAGCUGAAGCCGGGGAGGCAGACAGGAGCAGUCAGCGCAGGAGAAAAACAGAACAGCCUGGAGGGGAGGACAAAUCAGGGGAUUACCAGGCUGGGGAGUUACGUAUUUUUUAAAUACUUACCAGGAUACAUCCCUAAACACAAGGAAAUAGACGCGCAGAGGGGGUUGGUUUACUGUGCUGUUUUUAAACACCCACCAGCAACAAAAACAAAAGGGGGCAUAAAUUAGGACAGGAUUUUAUUUUUAAAAUGUGCGUUUUUUUUUUCUAAGCUGAUUUUGCGUUGUAAAACGGGGAGUGGGGGAAUAAAUCAGUGAGUGAGACGUGGGGCGGAGAUGAGAGGAGUCCAACGUGUCCCGAUCUCUCUCUGAAGCUGAAGCCCCUUCGCCACGAACUGCCUGAAGUGCUUGAAACUACUACAGAGAGAGAGAGAGAGAGCAAAAGAGAGAGGGAGAGAGAGAGAGGGAGAGAGAGGGGAGGAGGAGCAGGAGGCAAAGGGGGAAGUCCAGGAGGAAAUGCCAGUUGCCGCAGCUGGAGAAACCCACAGCCCAGGACCCCUGUGUUUAUUCUCGGCCCCCAUCCCGAAACGGGGUGAUUAAUGUGAGGGACGCGGGGGUAUCGGUCGCAGGAGCAGGCCGAUUACGGAGGCGUGAAGGGGUGGGGGGCAGGGGACUCGGGAGGCACAGAUACACCGGCAGCGGGCUCCCACCAGCGCCUGGGUCCGUCUCCGUCGCAGUCUCGUCCGACCCCCCUCACCAUCACCCACCGCCUAUGGAUCCACCGAGGACCCGAUCGCGAUCACGGUCUGGCUUUUACCAGUACGGCGUUAACGGCAGUGGCAACGUUACCGCCGGCGGCAGCAUUGGUGCCGGCGGGGGCACCGGCACACACCGCCCCCGGCAGCACAGCCCCGGAUGUGUGGCACUGACGGUGCACAGCCCCGCCGAUGCACAGCGCUCCCAGGGAGGGAACCAGCCCGGUGCUCACAGAAGCCACGCUGCAGGGGGAGUCAACACCAGCUUCGGCCGCUACCCUGAGAGGGCAUGCAGUGACGAGAGUGACAAGGGUGACGGCAGUCCCCGGCCGAAGAGGCAGCGCCUUUCCCAGCAGUCUGGCCUGGAGCUGGUGUCGGCCCCUCCCCCCACGCCCUCACCGCCCAUGCGGCCAUGGGAGCUGCCCCCCAGCCGGCGGCCGCAUGUGCACCCGCCUGCGCACUACCCCACCGAGCGCUGCCACACGCCGGCCCGCCACCCCCGCAGCCCCCCAGUACGACGGCAGCGCGGAUGGCGGGAGCGCCACCCUCGGCACCACGGCCCCUUAGGGGUGGGGCAGGAUGACAGCUACCAGCACCCGGCACAGAGCUUCCCAUACAGGCCCCCCCCGCAGGGCCCCGAGGACCCCAGGGCCUUCCACCCCCCCGCACUCUCCCCCCGGCUGCUGCACCCCCAGCAGCAGAGCACCAUGAUGGUGGACCUGCAUGACCAGCUGCAGCAGGGCUCUGUUCCUGUCUCCUACACGGUGCCCCCCGGGCUGCCCACCCCCCUCUGCACGGGGCAGCACCUCCCCGCCUGCUCCUCCCAACAGCAGGUCCCCGGGUGCUCGGUGCUCUUCAGUGGGCAGCACUACCCCAUGUGCAGCGUGCCGCCGCAGGUUCUGCAGGCCUGCUCUGUCCACCACCUGCCCGUCCCCUACGGCUUCCCCUCCCUCCUGUCUGCUGAGACCCCAUUCCUCCUGCAUCCGUCACACGUGUCACACCACCCGGCCCACCUGCCCACCCCCGGGCACAUCGUACCCUUCCAGACGCAGCAGUCCCGCUCGGCACUGCAAAGAAUUGAGAAUGAGGUCGACCUUCUCGGAGAGCCCCUCUCAGUGGGUGGGGCCUUCGGCUACCCCCAGUCGGCACACCCCAGCAAUCUGCCCCCAUCUUCACAGAUGCCCUUCCUCUCCCAUGACCCGCUGCCCCAGGAGCUGUUCGGGGUGCCCUAUCCUCACUUCAUACCUCGACGGCUCACCGGACGCCGGUACCGCUCCCAGCAGCCCCUGCCCCCGCCCCCAUACCACCCCAGCUUCCUGCCUUACUUCCUCUCCAUGCUCCCGGUCCAGCCCAGCGUGGGACCUGCCAUCAGCCUGGAGCUGGAAGUGGACGACGGAGAGGUGGAGAACUAUGAGGCCCUGCUGAACCUGGCUGAGCGACUGGGGGAGGCCAAGCAGGGCCUGACUAAGGCCGACAUCGAACAGCUGCCUUCCUAUCGGUUCAACCCCAACAACCACCAAUCGGAGCAGACGCUGUGCGUCGUCUGCAUGUGUGACUUUGAGUCGCGGCAGCUCCUGCGCGUCCUGCCCUGCAGCCACGAGUUCCAUGGCAAGUGCGUCGACAAGUGGCUCAAGGCCAACAGGACGUGUCCGAUAUGCCGAGCCGAUGCCUCUGAAGUCCACCGGGACUCGGACUGACCUCCCGCGCCGCCAGCUCGGCCCACACCCCUGCGUAACAGACUCCAAAGAUGAUUAUCGGAUACCCAGCUAGCGUUCGUGUCGCCUGUCCUGUUCCUCAGACGGGUUCUCCCGGUUCCGCCCAUACACUAACAUUCCCGGCCGUGUUGCCGCGAUUUCGAGAAGGUGUGGCCGAUCAGCUGGACUCUGACCACGAGCCUUGUCCCUGGUCUUUUUAUACGAUGUUAGCAAAUAUAUCAAAUGUUUAUGGGGAGAGAGAGAACUUUUAUUAUAAGCGAGAAAUUUAAAGCGUAUUUUAUACACGCGAGUGCCGGUGUGAGUGGUAUUUCAGUUAUGAAACGGUGAACUGCCGUAAACGCAUUGGACUACUGUGAGCUGUGUGUGUGUGUGUGUGUGUGAGCCUGAGCACCUCUGGCUUCCUGUGUUAAUUUAUACAAUGUGUGUAGUGCAGUACACUGGCCGUUCUGCCUCUCCCUCUCCCCCUUUCUUUGUCUCAAGUCUGGUAUGGCCUGUAGGGGGCGUCGUAGAGACCAGGGCAUUGUUCUGUACCUUUAAAUGGUCCCGAUCGUUCUGUUUCCACACCGGCUGUGUGCAUCUUUUUUUUUUUUUUUAAAUCCCUUUGACUUGAACCCUGGUCCUGUGGAAGCGUCUCCAUGUUACCGACAGCAUAUUCUCCUGUGACCAGUGUCUCGAGGCCCUUCAGGAACAUUUGAAUAGUCCUGUUCAGAGUUCUCUGCUGUGGUUCUCCUGGGUUCUUGUGGGGAGUGCGGGUGCUAGCAGGCAGAAUCCAGCCACUGAAAACUCCUUCGGUCCAUCCAGCUGGCCUUUGGAUCGAGACCUCACUGGGACCGCAUGGAGAUCUCCUUCAUUUUCACACUCCUAUUUUGAAUAUAGUAGGAAACUGCAUUUUUUUUUUUUUUUUUAUUGUUAUUAAUGUUCGUUAUUGAUUUUGGGCACAAGCUGCUUGCUAGGGAACUUGCUCAGGAUCGGUUCUGGGUCUGGUCCACUGUGAACACCUUCUGAACCUGAUCAUGGUUCCUCAAAGGUCACCCUCAAUCUAGACUAUGAUAGAUUACCUCCUUUGAGUGGACCCUUGAUACCAAUGACUGAAUUCAUUCUCCUCCUAUUAAAAAAGGAGGAGCCACAUGCCCCCCCCCCCCCCCCCCCCACAUUUAUUUUAUUUAACAGGCGCUUUUUGUCCAAAGAGACGUACGAAUGAGGCAAGUAGCUCAUUAUAGGAAUUCGUGGAGUUUUCCAUUUCUGUUUCAUUUUGCCAUGAUGCUGAACAUCUGCACGAUAGUAUUACAAAAUAUUAUUUUAUUAUAAUAUGCUGUAACUCCGCCCCCCCAAGCGUCAUUUUACCUCUCCCCAUAUCCUUAGAAUAACCAAUUUGAGAUCAGAAACCUACAGUGUCUUAAUAUAUAAGAUGCCUUUCAGAAUCUCUCCAGUGUUGAGACGUGAGUGUUGUUAAUCGUACGUUUAAUUAUAUAUUUUUUGAGUGUGGAAGAGUUUCUUUUGCUGUAUUGGGGUGGGGGGGGUGAUUGUCUGUGACUUUGGUAGCCAUUUUCUCUCUCCUGCUUGGUACAUCUGCGGUUACCUCAUUCUAUGGUGUUUGUGCUUUCAGAACAUGCUAACCCAGUAUGACACCGCCUGGCGUGUGUGUGCUUCCUGUAUUAAAAUUCAGUUUCCUCAAUUGACGUGACGUUGCAGCAUUAUGUAUCACACAAUGAACUAAUGAUUUGAUGGACUGAUACAAAAGAAUAAUUUGAACAGUUUAUAUUUUUUAAUCAAACUAACAUCACUGCUGCAAUGAGCAUUUCUAAUAUUCUAUGUGAUUUUGCUUUUGGAUUUGAGAGGAUGGUUCUGUAAUAAAUAUAUAUCUGUAUAACAUAGACUUACAGUACUGCUGUGUUAUACUUAGUCUGUGCGGUUUGGCGGGGGGGGGGGGGGGUGUCUGUGUUUGGGGAGGGGGUUAUGUAUAUAUUAUGUUGCGGGGACCAAAUUUAUUUUGAUGUUUUGGGGAGCACCUUUUCAGUUCCCACAAGGAGAAACUCAAUUUAAUAAAAAUCUGUGACUGCAAUAAAAUAAUAAAAAAAAAACUCAAAAUGUCAGAA